UUAUGUACAUGUGGUUUCCACUCGAGCCUCUUUUUGGGAUUUUUUGGCGGCUCCCAGUCAGUGCUACUUUCUUCACUUCCAGGCCCACUUCCUAAACGGGCCGUGAACACUCUUCAUCCAGCAGUAGUGCCUGUUAGGUGUCUGAGGUGUCUGUGAGGCAGUCUGGAGCUUUAGGGCCAGGAGCCCGCGACGCCUUCCGGGAGCCAUAGCUCAGGCUCCGCCCUUCGGCCCGCGCUCUGCACUGCGCAUGUCCGGUUUUGUUCCCCUUCCUCGCGUCAGCUACGGGCCGAGAGGCGGCGGAGGCGGCGGCGGCGGCGGCGGCGGCGAAGAAGGGGGCGGAGAGCGAGGAGCGCGGUGGGACGGGGUCUGGACCGCUCGUACUUCGGGCCGUGGGAUUCUCUCCGCGUCGGCGAUAGUAGUAGCUGCCUCUGCAGCCGCAGCAGCAGGUUUGUGCGAGGAAUUCCUGAAGAAGGCAGGAGAUGGUCUAAAUUAAGUAUCAAUCAUUGACACCAUGAACUGGAAUAAAGGUGGCCCUGGCACUAAGAGGGGAUUUGGCUUUGGAGGUUUCGCUAUUAGUGCGGGAAAGAAGGAGGAACCAAAACUCCCACAGCAGUCCCAUAGUGCCUUUGGGGCAACCAGCUCUUCUGGAUUUGGAAAGUCGGCUCCACCACAGCUCCCUUCCUUCUACAAAAUUGGUUCUAAACGGGCCAACUUUGAUGAAGAAAACGCAUAUUUUGAAGACGAGGAAGAAGAUUCUAGCAAUGUUGAUUUACCUUACAUUCCUGCUGAAAACUCACCUACCCGCCAGCAAUUCCAUUCCAAGCCAGUAGAUUCUGAUAGUGAUGAUGAUCCCUUAGAGGCAUUCAUGGCUGAAGUGGAGGAUCAAGCGGCUAGAGACAUGAAGAGGCUUGAAGAAAAGGACAAGGAAAGAAAAAACGUAAAGGGUAUUCGAGAUGACAUUGAAGAGGAAGAUGACCAAGAAGCUUAUUUUCGGUACAUGGCAGAGAAUCCAACUGCUGGCGUGGUUCAGGAGGAAGAGGAGGAUAAUUUGGAAUAUGAUAGUGACGGAAAUCCAAUUGCACCUUCCAAAAAAAUCAUUGAUCCUCUUCCUCCCAUUGAUCAUUCAGAGAUUGACUAUCCACCAUUUGAAAAAAAUUUUUACAAUGAACAUGAAGAGAUAACCAACCUCACCCCACAGCAGCUAAUAGAUCUCCGGCAUAAGCUCAAUCUUCGGGUUUCUGGUGCUGCACCUCCUAGACCAGGAAGUAGUUUUGCUCAUUUUGGGUUUGAUGAGCAACUUAUGCACCAGAUUCGGAAAUCUGAGUACACACAGCCCACUCCAAUACAGUGCCAGGGUGUACCUGUGGCAUUAAGUGGUAGAGACAUGAUUGGUAUUGCCAAAACAGGCAGUGGGAAAACUGCGGCCUUUAUCUGGCCCAUGUUGAUUCAUAUAAUGGACCAGAAAGAAUUGGAACCGGGUGAUGGACCAAUUGCAGUGAUUGUGUGUCCUACUAGGGAGCUUUGUCAGCAGAUCCACGCAGAAUGCAAGCGGUUUGGGAAAGCGUAUAAUCUCCGAUCAGUAGCCGUAUAUGGAGGAGGGAGCAUGUGGGAGCAGGCCAAGGCCCUUCAGGAAGGGGCAGAGAUUGUUGUCUGUACACCAGGUCGACUUAUUGAUCAUGUGAAGAAGAAAGCUACCAACCUUCAAAGAGUCUCUUACCUUGUAUUUGAUGAAGCAGAUCGAAUGUUUGACAUGGGAUUUGAGUACCAGGUGCGAUCCAUAGCAAGUCACGUCCGUCCCGACAGACAGACUCUCUUAUUCAGUGCAACUUUUCGGAAAAAGAUUGAAAAACUGGCCAGAGACAUCCUGAUUGACCCUAUUCGUGUGGUGCAGGGGGAUAUUGGAGAGGCAAAUGAAGAUGUGACUCAGAUUGUGGAGAUUCUGCAUUCUGGGCCUAGUAAAUGGAACUGGCUCACCCGGCGUCUAGUGGAGUUUACCUCUUCAGGAAGUGUCCUCCUGUUUGUUACUAAAAAAGCCAAUGCUGAAGAGCUAGCCAAUAACCUUAAACAGGAGGGUCAUAGUCUUGGCCUGCUCCAUGGUGACAUGGAUCAGAGUGAAAGAAACAAGGUUAUUUCAGACUUUAAGAAAAAGGACAUCCCAGUCCUCGUGGCCACAGAUGUUGCAGCCCGUGGUCUGGACAUUCCUUCAAUUAAGACUGUCAUUAACUAUGAUGUGGCACGAGAUAUUGAUACCCAUACGCAUAGGAUUGGCCGAACAGGACGAGCGGGUGAGAAAGGCGUGGCCUAUACCUUGCUGACACCCAAGGAUAGCAAUUUUGCUGGUGACCUUGUCCGGAACUUGGAAGGAGCCAAUCAGCAUGUUUCCAAGGAACUCCUAGAUCUGGCCAUGCAGAAUGCCUGGUUUCGGAAAUCCCGCUUCAAAGGAGGGAAAGGGAAAAAGCUGAACAUUGGUGGAGGAGGCCUAGGCUAUAGGGAGCGGCCUGGCCUUGGCUCUGAGAACACGGACCGAGGAAGUAACAACAAUGUAAUGAGCAAUUAUGAGGCCUACAAGCCCUCCACAGGAGCCAUGGGAGAUCGGCUGACGGCAAUGAAAGCAGCUUUCCAGUCACAGUACAAGAGUCACUUUGUUGCUGCCAGUUUAACCAACCAGAAGGCUGGAAGCUCUGCUGCUGGGGCGAGUGGAUGGACUAGUGCAGGGAGCUUGAAUUCAGUUCCAACUAAUUCAGCCCAACAACAGGGCCAUAACAGUCCUGACAGCCCCAUUGCCAGUGCCACAAAGGGCAUCCCAGGCUUUGGCAGUACUGGGAACCUCAGCAGUGCCCCAGUGACCUAUCCUUCUGCCGGAGCCCAGGGAGUCAACAACACAGCUUCAGGGAAUAACGGCCGAGAAGGGAUUGGGGGUGGCAAUGGGAAAAGAGAGAGAUACACUGAGAACCGGGGUGGAAGCCGUCAUAGUCACGGAGAGAGUGGGAAUCGGCAUGGCGAUAGCCCACGUCAUGGAGACGGUGGUCGCCAUGGAGAGGGAUACCGCUACCCAGAAAGCAGCAGCCGUCACGCUGAUGGGCGCCGUCAUGCUGAUGGCCAUCCUCAUGGAGAGAACAGGCAUGGAGGAAGUGGAGGCAGACAUGGAGAGAGCCGAGGUGCAAAUGAUGGUCGGAAUGGUGAAAGCAGGAAAGAAAUUUGUAAUCGUGAAAGCAAGGUGGACCCCAAGGUGGACAGCACCAAGAUGGACAAGAUGGACAGCAAGACAGAUAAGACUACUGAUGGCUUCGCUGUCCCCGAGCCACCCAAGCGCAAGAAAAGUCGAUGGGACAGUUAGAGGGUAUGUGCUGAAGCGUGAAAUCAAUUGUCUUUUAAUUUUAUUUUUAGAAAGACUUUUGGUAACUAGGUGUCUCAGGGCUGGGUUGGGGCACAAGGUGUAAGGACCCCCUGCCCUUAGUGGAUAGCUGAAGCUUGGAGACAUUACCCCGUCAUCUGGAUAAUUUUCCAGAUGUUUUCUUGGGAAGCUGCUUUGGUCCUUAGAAGCAGUCAGAGUUGGGCAGCUUCUUUUGGCUCUGGGUGAGUGUCACGAAGGUCAGUUGAGGAUAUCUUGGAAGAAAGGGCCUUAUAGGGCACAAAACUCACUCUAGGUUUAUAUGUAGUACAUAUUUUUUACUAAAAUGUCACCUUAAAAACACCUACAAAUAAAAUUCUUUUUCUGUGGCUAGUCAGGCCCCAUUUGAGACAGGCUUCUGCAGCCUAGUCCAUGGUGGUAGGGGGAUGUGCAGCAAAGCGCUUCCCAAACAUCUGCAGGUUAGGGGAGGGGUCUGAUUCUAAGUGAGAGUUGAUGCUCAGGUUUCCCAGCCAGGUUCGUGUCCAGUCCUGAGACAUGAAGCAGCAGCCUGCCAGAUCCAGAGUCCCUACAGCUGAGGGGGGAGAGAGGGUCCUGGAAACAGGACUGCUCUGGGUCUAAAGUGUUGCUAAAUUUAAAAAACAAAAACCUGACAACAGCUUUUAAAUUGUCUUCUCCUAUUUCAUUGUAUUUUUUUUAACUUGCCAUAAUGGUAGGAAAAUCUUUUGCUGAAAUGAUUUUGACGAUUUUUGUUCUAUCUUGUUUAUAAAAGGAAAAGAAAUACACAUACAUCAAAUUUUGUGACUUUGUGAAGGUUUCUUUAAGAUGUGCAUUCCUUUCUGCUUGCUCUAGUAAAUGUUUUACUACUGGGA